ACAUCCUGUUAUCUUCUGAGCAGCAAGAAAUGUUCACGCGUGUCUCGUUACUGCCUCGGAGUGCCUAUGAUUAGUGCGAUGGACUUUCCAAAUUAUUUUAAAUUAACUCGGUCUGUAGCAUAAGAAUUAAUUGUUUAUCACUAAUUGCUGCUACACAUAGUUAGUUUUGAGGCUGGCCACGGGCUAUUUAUUCGCUUCCUUCAGCUGGCAAAUCGACAUGUAGAUGUUUCAAUAUCUUAUAGCUGAGAAAAGUAAAAUAAUACCGAGAAGAAAAAACUGGAACUAUGUCAGGCGCCGUUUGUUGGACUGAUAUAUAAUGACCAAACGAAGAAUACGAGGUCUGUAACAUCACUGAACUCUGGUCAGUGCGGCAUAAAAAUUCCUUCCGACUUACCUUUGUUUUGACGGAGACCAGGACCACAGCCACUGCAGACUGCGUUUGAUGUCCUGCCAGUCAGUCUGACGUUCCUGUCAGUCUAUCGCAUCACGUCAGAUGUCAUCAUGUACAGGCUCAUCGCAUCUUGUCUUUUAUGUUAUCUCUUGAUUCCGCAGUCGGGGGGCCAGUUGAAGGCGCGUUUGGUGAACGGGACAUUGUCGGCGGGACGCCUGGAGGUGUUGUACAACGGGGAAUGGGGUACAGUGUGUGACGAUGAAUUUGAUAAAAACGAUGGUCAGGUGGCCUGCAGGAUGCUGGGAUUUGACAGUUCCGGAGCAUUAGUUGUGGGCUCCUCUGUAUUUGGAGAAGGUUCAGGACAGAUUUUGCUGGACAACCUGGCGUGUAUGGGUACAGAAGCCAGUCUGGAGCAGUGUAGGCACAAUGGGUACUAUUCUGAAAACUGUGCGCACAUAGAAGACGUUGGUGUCCUCUGCAAUAAUUUCCAGCUGACAGCUCGUUUAUCUAACGGGACGUGGUGGGCUGGACGCCUUGAGGUUCACUUCAACGGUGUGUGGAGUACAGUGUGUGACAACUACUUUGGUAAAAACGACGCUCGGGUGGCCUGUAGGAUGCUGGGAUUGGACAGUCCCGAGGCACUAUUUGUGGGCUCUGUGAUGUACGGGGCAGGUUCAGGAAAUAUUUUGCUGUCCGACUUGGCGUGUACGGGUACAGAAACCAGUUUGGCACAGUGUAGCCACAGUGGGUACAAUAACCACAACUGUAACCAUGGAAAAGAUGUCGGUGUUGUCUGCACCGUCGUUUCUAGUCAACUUCGUCUAGCGGGUACCCGGCGCACAAGAGAGGAUAUGGGUCGUGUGGAAAUAUUAUUUGGGGCUGCAUGGACUACUCCUUGUGUCAGUACCUUCAGCAGUAGCCUUGCAAAAGUCCUGUGCAGACAGAUGAAUUUUCCCUCAAAAGCAGCAACUGCUGUGGAGCCAUCAUCCUUUGGACCGAGGACAGGACGUUUCCUUGUCGCUGGUAUUGUGUGCACGGGCAUGGAGUCCAACAUACUGGACUGUUUCCAGACAGUCACUGGUUUCAGUGAUACCUGCUCUUCACCUGAGCUUGGAGUAAUCUGCAGUGAUUCAAGAUCCUCUCUUUUCAUCGUUGUGGAGACAAAGUCUACCAGCCCUGCCUACCCACUGAUGGAGGCAACCAAUGUCACACUGAAAUGCGUCUCCUCACAGCGAGGUCUGUCACAUCUGAACUUCUCUUGGCCAGAGACUGCAGGUGGCCGUCCUUCUGGUGAAUACCUCAUCUUUGACAACCUGACCAGAUCACACAAUGGAGGCAGAGUGAGGUGUAUGGCCAGCUAUGGACAGCCUCCUAGAACUCAAAUUGCUACGAGUGACACAUUGGCAAUGGAUGUAUAUUAUCGCCCUGUGGUUAGAAUAAAAUGGGAAGGAAACACGUGUGAACCUCUGGAGUCCAGUCCAAGUCGCUGUGUUGUCAGUCAAUACCAGCAAGUCAUUCUUUACUGUGAGGCUGACAGCAACCCUCCUCCUGCUUCUGUAAGAUGGUCUGGACUGGCUAUCAGUGCAACCGGACAGUUACAAAUAUCCUCUGCAAAUAAGACCAAUCACAAUGGUCGAUACAUCUGUAUUGUGUCUUCUGAGUCUGUGUCCAGUGAUGGCCGUCUGCCUCUAAGUUCAACAUACAGCUUUGAUGUCAUUGUAAAAUACCGAGCCCACGUAUUAAACUUCGAAAUAAACGCUGAAGCCAGAACGGUUGUGACCGUUGCUGAAAACUCUAGCGUGCGCAUGCGCUGUGAAGCUGAGGGGAGGCCAUCACCUCAAAUGACGAUUGUCAGUGUUUCGAACGACAAGCAAGAGGUCGCCAGCAGGCCUCGAGGUGCAGUUCAAAGUCCUGAUCAAAGAGUAGAGUUAACAUAUGACUUGACUGCAGCACCUUGCGAGGCGGCAGGUGACUACAGGUGUGAGGUGGACAACGGAGUUGGACAAGAAAGUCGCAACAUUAGGCUUUACGUUGAGUGUGCUCCUAGGAUAAACAAUGGCGAAAGACAGCCAGCAAUUCUAAGUUUUGAUGUAAACCAAGGCCUUUUCAGUUUUCAACUGACAGCAUACCCAACACCUAAAGUCAAAAAAAUACUCUACCUCGGGCAAUACACUAACGACAGCACCGAAGGGACAUCAGUCUCGGAUAAAAUUUAUGUCAAUUGUAAGGGGAAAAGCUCUUUUCCUGCCUCAGUCAUCUGCAACAUCACCACCAUCAACAUGACAAACGCUGAUGAAGGGUUCUAUAAAGUUAUUUUUAGCAAUGAAUUUGGAGAGCUGCCUGUUAUGUUUGUAGUCAGAAGUAAAGAGGACCGUGGUGUCAACGUAAAAGUCAUCAUUGGUGCAGCUGUUGGGACUGCUGCUGUGCUUGUUGUUAUUAUUAUUGUCACAGUCUGUAUAGCCAGACAUAGCAGAGUUAAGAAAAGUUUGAGCAGACAUGCAGAGGCUAAUACAAGGCAGGCUCUAGAAACAACAGUGCCUUUGGAGGACAUGAAAUCCAGUGGAGCAACAAAUAAUUAUUAUCGCCAAAAUACUAGAAGUGAAGUAAUGAACAUGCCUCAAGAGAAAGACAUUAUGACAGAGGACCUGUAUGUCAACACUGCUGAGCUUGCUCGGGAAGAAUACGACUCUGAUCACGAGUACAGCGACGUCGACGACAUUGAUAGCUUUUAAAAAGCCAUUUAUAGAGAAAGAAUGCUCUGGAUCAUUAUAGCUUGGAAAAAAUGUUAAAAACCGGACGAAUAUACUGUUUAAUAUAAAAAAUGAGCUACCAAAGGACUUAUGCUUAAAAAAAGUGAGGGAAAUUUAGACAAGGCAUACCUUGUGCCGAUACUUAACUUUGACCUCCUCACAGUUUUUUAUUUGUCUGCAUAUUUUUCUCUUCGUUCUUCUAUGUGUUUGUGCUUUGACUAUAAAAAUGUAUUGAUAAUGUAUGUACACAUGUUUGUGAAUUAAAAGGGAAUGUGUGGAGGCAUAGAUCAAAACAUAAAGACAUCGACUUUUUCAUUCCUUGCUAAUGUCGUCCACCAUUCUUACUGUAAAAAAUAUUAUAAAUAAAGAAAUCUUAAUACUAUAUAGUCAUUAUGCAAUACAGACAAAGGUAACAAAAGUACUUGCCAUUGAAAAAUACUGCUAGGAUGAUAUUUAAACGGCUCAGAGCUUUGCUAGACGGUUAGGUUGAGUUGCGGCGGCUGUUAACAGAUUCCAAGCCACGUGUCCACAGUAACAUAGAGGUUGACGAAAGGGGAAGAGUAGAGACCUCUUAAUGUACAAAAAUAAGAAACAAAAUUAUAAAAAAUCCACCUUACUCACUUUUAGAUACUAUGAGAUACAUUGAGGCAUCUGAAGAGAGUCAAAUUAUGUGUACGUGUGUUUGCUGGUGUGUAUGUUCACGUUUGUGUUUUGUGGACGCCCUCUAGAUCGUGUAACAAAACCUCCAAUUCUUAAAGCUUUGGACUAAGUUCUUAAGUUGACAAAAAGUAUAAUUAGCUGUUGAGGAUUUGUAAUGUGCUCGAUAACCUUUAGUAAUGUUGUGCCGCACUAAUUUUGUACUUUGUAUAAUUUAUAACUAAGAUUGUCAUUUAGCUUUUUUACUUGCUCAUUGUUUUAAAUAUUCUUACCUUAUUUAAGGUACAAGUUGUAUAGCCUACUUAUUAAAAGAUUAUUUUAUGUAAGAAUAAUUCAAUGGAAAAACUGUCAAUAAACUAUAAAUUAUUGGUUUAGUCAC